UGUUACCACGAAACGGCAGCACGUGCACGUUUCUACAAACCUCCUCCCUCCCGACUAAUUUGCUCUUUUUAAUAAGAAGAAAUCUGCGGCGAGCGAUUCUGAUUCUUUCUAAUUACAUUCGCCGGCGGCGAUGAUGUGGUGAUAUCUAUCCGUCAGAUCCAGAUGACGUUCUCGAGAUGCUUCCUUCAUGCCUUCUUAUGCCUGGUAUUGCUACAUGAUGUUCAUGUCGGUGGAGCCAUUUUUGAGUCACAAGCACCCCACAGAGAACUUAAAGCUUAUCGUCCGCUGCAAGAUUGUCGUGGCUGUAAUAAUCUAGAGGAUGCGCACGCUUCCUCAGCUGCUGCUCUACACUACGAUCCAGAUCUCAAAGAUCUGAACAUAGUUGCCACAUACAGUGACCAUUAUGGCCAUAUACGGCUUGGUAGGGUGAAAAUGGGGGAUCUUUCAUCUUCUUGGGUUUUGGAGAAUCAAGUUACCGGCAAGAAAAAAGGUUCGCAGAUUUUACGUCAGGAAAGGAGAGGUCAACGAACUCUGGAGCUGAUACUACAACAAAAGGAAACUGACGAGCAGAUGCAAGAAGCAGCCAUUGAGAAGUCAACCAACUUUGAAAACUCAGUCAUUGGGAAAUACAGCAUAUGGAGGAGAGACUAUGAGAGUCCAAAUGCUGAUGCUAUCUUGAAGCUUAUGAGAGACCAGAUCAUAAUGGCAAAAGCUUAUGCAAAUAUUGCCAAAUCAAAAAAUGUAACCAAUCUGUACGCAUUCUUGGUGCAGCAGUAUGGAGAAAAUCAACGUGUUAUAGGAAAAGCAACCUCUGAUGCUGACCUUCCUUCAAGCGCUCUGGAUCAAGCAAAAGCCAUGGGCCAUGCCCUCUCUUUUGCAAAAGACGAGUUAUAUGACUGCCAUGAACUUGCAAAAAAAUUCCGGGCCAUGCUUCAAUCCACAGAACGCAAUGUUGAUGGACUGAAGAAAAAGGGCACCUUCUUAAUUCAGCUAGCUGCCAAAACCUUUCCCAAGCCAUUGCAUUGCCUGAGUCUGCAGUUAGCGGCAGACUAUUAUAUCCUAGGUUUCAAUAAAGAGGAUGCAGUCAAAGAGGAUGUCAGUCGAAAGAAGUUUGAAGAUCCUUCUCUCUAUCACUAUGCGAUAUUUUCGGAUAAUGUUCUGGCCACAUCUGUGGUGGUCAAUUCCACUGUUUUGAAUGCAAAGGAGCCGCAGAAGCAUGUGUUCCAUAUAGUAACUGACAAAUUGAACUUUGCUGCAAUGAAGAUGUGGUUUCGCAUCAGUGCUCCUGCCGAUGCGACAAUUCAAGUUGAAAACAUCAACGAUUUUAAGUGGCUGAACUCCUCUUAUUGCUCUGUUCUACGGCAGCUUGAAUCUGCAAGGCUGAAAGAAUACUAUUUCAAAGCAAAUCAUCCUUCAUCUAUCUCUGCUGGCGCAGACAAUCUUAAGUACCGCAACCCAAAGUAUCUAUCAAUGCUGAAUCAUCUCAGGUUCUACCUUCCAGAGGUUUACCCGAAGCUGGACAAGAUUCUGUUUUUAGACGAUGAUAUUGUGGUGCAAAAGGACCUGGCACCUCUAUGGGGAGUAGACAUGCAAGGAAAAGUGAAUGGUGCGGUGGAGACGUGCAAGGAGAGCUUCCACAGAUUUGACAAGUACCUCAACUUCUCAAAUCCAAAGAUCUCAGAGAAUUUCGACGCAGGUGCUUGCGGGUGGGCAUUUGGGAUGAAUAUGUUUGACCUGAAAGAGUGGAGGAAACGGAACAUUACAGGGAUAUAUCACUAUUGGCAAGACAUGAAUGAAGACAGAACACUGUGGAAGCUGGGUUCGUUGCCACCGGGGCUGAUAACAUUUUACAACCUGACAUAUGCAAUGGAGAGGAGCUGGCACGUACUGGGGCUGGGAUAUGACCCGGCGCUGAACCAAACAGCAAUAGAGAAUGCAGCGGUAGUGCAUUACAAUGGGAACUAUAAGCCAUGGCUGGGUUUGGCAUUUGCCAAGUACAAAGCAUACUGGUCCAAGUAUGUCGAGUAUGAUAAUCCAUAUCUCCGUCGCUGCAACAUCAACGAAUGAAUGAAGAGAGAGGAGGUAGAUGAAGCACAGGGGGGAAGUAAAAUUGUUUUCAGUAUACCAACCAUAGCAAGGCAAGGAACCAACAGAGAGGGAUGAUUAUUACUGUUAGUAUGAAAUAUACAUUACUAACUCUUGUUUUUUUUUUUUUUUGGUUUUAGCAACUUAUUUAACCAUAAAAUCAUAUUUCACCGACCCAAAUAAAAAAGCUCAUCUUGAACAUGAAA